AUUGGCAGCUGUGCUCUGGUUCCACCCCCUAGCGGCUUACAUAUACCAUACACGACUGGAGUGUGCCGGUCAGACACACCUAACAGGUGCAAACAUGAAGAAGAUAUUCACGGCCAAGCACAUUUCUGACUGGUUCACCUCCGGGGCCACGUUUGCCAACAUUAAACUCACAGAGGAGGUGGUUGAAAAGAGUUCACCCGAGCCCUCGUCUAAAGACACGAGCCCAGGAAAGGUUUCUGAUGAACACUCCAUUAAAAGUGGGAAAUCAGUGGGAGGACAAUUCAAGGAAAAAGGUAGCAGCCAUCCUCCCCUUCAAAGCUACGAGUACCCAAGCUUGCCCAUAACCAAAAACAGACAGGAGCUGAUUUCUCUCAUAGAAAACAACUCUGUUGUCAUAAUUCGAGGAGCCACAGGCAGCGGCAAGACCACCCAGCUGCCACAGUACAUUCUGGACCACUACAGUGAGAAAAAUGCCUCGUGCAACAUUGUGGUCACGCAACCACGCAGAAUUGGUGCUACAAGUAUUGCUCGAUGGGUUGCUACACAGAGGAAGUGUACCCUCGGUAGUCUGGUUGGAUAUCAGGUUGGGCUAGAAAAGAUGGCAACUGAACACACCAGACUGAUCUAUAUGACAACAGGAGUGCUGCUGGAAAAACUGGUGUCUGCCAGGACCCUCACAGAGUACUCCCAUAUUUUUAUUGACGAGGUUCAUGAGCGUACUGAGGAGAUGGACUUUCUUUUGCUUGUCUUGAGAAAACUUCUCAACUCCAACUCACGUUACGUGAAGAUCAUACUCAUGUCAGCCACGAUCAACUGCAGACAGUUUGCAGAUUACUUCAGUACUCCAAUUCGUGGAAAAAUGAACCCAGCCUAUGUGUUUGAAGUGGAGGGGGCACCUUAUGGCAUUGAGGAUUUUUACCUGGAAGACCUUCAGCAUUUAAGUCUCUAUAGUGUGGAUUCGACCCAUUUAGAUGACCCUCACAUCUCAGCUCAGAUGUAUGAUCUUGCUGUCAGUCUCAUCCAGAGCUUUGACAAGAUAGAAGGCCAAGAUUCCAGCGAUGACGAUGGCGUACGCUUCUCAGAGAGAGGCAGUGUCCUUGUUUUCCUUCCCGGCUCACACGAGAUAACCUACAUGCAUCAAGCCCUGGCCAAGCUGGUCCGCAAAAGGUUACAGGUUUAUCCCCUUCAUUCCUCUGUGACUAUGGAAGAGCAGUAUGGUGUUUUCCUGCCUCCUGUUCCUGGAUACAGAAAGAUUAUCCUUUCAACCAACAUUGCAGAAAGUUCAGUGACUGUGCCUGAUGUCAAAUAUGUCCUCGAUUUCUGCCUGGCCCGUCGGUUGGUUUGUGAUAAAGAAUCCAAUUACCAGUCUUUACGUCUCACCUGGGCAUCAAAGACCAACUGUAACCAACGUAGAGGAAGAGCAGGCCGUGUAUCCAAGGGCUACUGUUACCGCCUCGUUAGCAAAGCCUUCUGGAAGAACGAAAUCCCGGACUAUAUGAUCCCUGAGAUGUUGCUUGCCCCCUUGACCACCGUCAUACUGAAGGUGAAGCGCCUGGACAUGGGAGACCCCCGGUCCCUCCUCUCUACAGCUCCCUCACCCCCAAACCUCAAAGACAUAGUGAGGACUGUGCUCCAACUAAAGGAGAUGGGGGCCCUGUCUGCUAAACAGGAUGUUACAUGUUUGAAUGAGGAUGGUGAGCUUACGUUCCUGGGUCGUGUGCUGGCCCACUUACCUGUGGACCUGUACCUCGGCAAGCUGAUUGUCCUUGGACACGUUUUCGGCUGUUUAGAUGAGUGUCUAAUCAUAGCUGCUUGCAAUUCUCUGAAGAGUUUCUUUGCCAUACCGACAAUGCAGCAGCUUGCCGGUCACAGGAGCAAGCUGGCUUUUGCCAAAAGCACCCAAAGUGAUUCCAUAGCAUUUGUCAACACCUUCAAGGAAUCUGUUUAA